GUGUUUUCUUUAAACUGUAAUAUCAAAUAAAGACAAAUAUAAAGCAUAUAGAAAUAAUGGACAUAUUUAAACUUUCUGCUUUAGCGUUCAUCCUUUACUUGCAGUUGCACAAUGCUGGAGCCAGUCCCAGUGAAGAGGGGGAUAUCUGGACUGUGGAGAACUUGGAGGAGAAGCCACAGGUGACAGAUGUAUUCCUUCGCAUUGCUGAUCUGAUGAAACGAUCCAAAUCUCAGCAUUUUCAUGGAUUAAUGGGCAGCAGCGCAGGCAAUACUCAACCUUUGCGACUUGGCAGGAGAAGAAACAAGGGUGAAAUCUUUGUUGGACUUAUGGGAAGAAGAUCUUCGAGUGAUUUGCGAGAGCAACUGGAGAGACGUCAACUAUAACUUCAAGCAAGUGCUCAUGCAAGCCUUCUGUUUAGUUAGACACAAAUUAAAAUGAUUGCUCAC